AAAAAGAUCAAAAAAGUAAAGAAAUCAACCGAAGAAGAAAAAACAAUUCCAGAAGAAAUAAUUGAACAACCAAAAGAAUCAGAAAUGAUUGAAACAACUGAAGUAACCGAGACAAUCGAAAUGACACCUGAAGGCGAAAAGAAAGUUGUUAAAAAGAUCAAGAAGACAAAGAAACCGAAAGAACUACCACUUGAUGAAGAAUCUAAACCAGAAAUCAAAGAUACAAAACCAACUGAAGAAGAAAAACCGAUCCAGGAAGAUACAACUAAACAACCUGAAGAAAGAGAAUUGAUUGAAGCAACCGAAGUAACCGAGACAAUCGAAAUGUCACCUGAAGGCGAAAAGAAAGUUGUCAAAAAGAUUAAAAAAGUCAAAAAACCGAAAUCAGAAAAGCCAGAAGAGAUUAAACCUGGUACUGAUGAAAUAAAAACAACAGAAGAAAAACCAACUCAAGAAAUUACUGAUCAGCCUAGAGAGCCAGAAUUAAUCGAAACCAUCGAAACAAUCGAAAUGACACCUGAAGGUGAUAAAAAGAUUGUCAAAAAGAUCAAGAAAAUAAAAAAAUCGAAAGAACAACCACUUGAUGAAGAAUCAAAACCAGAAAUCGAUUAUGAAAAACCAAUUUCUGAAGAAAUCACUGAACAACCAAAAGAAACAGAAAUGAUUCAAACCACCGAAGUUAUCGAAACCAUUGAGGAAACACCUGAUGGUGAUAAAAAGAUUGCCAAAAAAAUCAAAAAAGUAAAGAGACCAAAGGAAGAAAAGCCUGUUGAAGAAGAAUCGGAAUCUCAAAUCGAAACUAAAGAAACAACAGAAGAACAGAAAACAAUUUCUGAAGAAAUCACUGAACAACCAAAAGAAACAGAAAUGAUUGAAACCACCGAAGUUAUCGAAACCAUUGAGGAAACACCUGAUGGUGAUAAAAAGAUUGUCAAAAAGAUUAAAAAAGUCAAAAAACCGAAAUCAGAAAAGCCAGAAGAGAUUAAACCCGGUACUGAUGAAAUAAAAACAACCGAAGAUGAAAAACCAACCCAAGAAGAAAUUACUGAUCAUCCUAGUGAGCCAGAAUUGAUCGAAACGAUUGAAGAGACAAUCGAUGAUGGAAAGAAAAUUGUCAAAAAGAUCAAAAAAGUCAAGAAACCGAAAAUCACAGAAGAAAAAGUAAGUUUCAAACCCGAUCAACAACAACCAAUGGAUGAAAAAUCCCCCGAAGAGGACAUUCGUCCAGAAACUGAAUCGACAAUCGAUACAGAAACAAAAAAGAAAAUAUUAAAGAAACCAAAACUGAAAGAAUCGAUCAAUGAAGUUCCAGAAAUAAGCGAUAAAGAAGUUACUGAAGAAAUUAAAACCGAAAUAUUCGAAGAAAUCAUUGAAUUGCUCAAAGAUGAUGAAGAAAAACCGGAAGAAAUUAUGGAAACAAUCGAAAUGACACCUGAAGGCGAAAAGAAAAUUAUGAAAAAGAUCAAAAAGACAAAGAAACCAAAAGAGGAAAAACCAGAAGAAAUGAAACCAGAAAUCAAAGAUACGAAACCAACUGAAGAAGAGAAACCGAUUCAGGAAGAAACAACUGAACAACCUGAAGAAAGAGAAUUGAUUGAAACAACCGAAGUAAUCGAGACAAUCGAAAUGACACUAGAUGGUGAGAAGAAAAUUGUCAAAAAGAUCAAGAAGACAAAGAAACCAAAAGAGGAAAAACCAGAAGAAAUAAAACCAGAAAUCAAAGAUACGAAACCAACUGAAGAAGAGAAACCGAUUCAGGAAAAAACAACUGAACAACCUGAAGAAAAGGAAUUGAUUGAAACAACCGAAGUAAUCGAGACAAUCGAAAUGACACCUAAAGGCGAAAAGAAAAUUGUCAAAAAGUUAAAGAAGACAAAGAAAUCAAAAGAGGAAAAACCAGAAGAAAUGAAACCAGAAAUCAAAGAUACGAAACCAACCGAAGAAGAAAAAACAUUUACAGAAGAAAUAAUUGAACAACCAAAAGAAUCAGAAAUGAUUGAAACAACCGAAGUAAUCGAGACAAUCGAAAUGACACCUGAAGGCGAAAAGAAAAUUGUCAAAAAGUUCAAGAAGACAAAGAAAACAAAAGAUGAAAAAACUGUGGAAGAAGAAUCGAAACCUGAAAUUGUAGAAGCGAAGCCAAUUUCUGAAGAAAUAAUAGAAAAACCCAUUAGUGAACCAGAAAUUAUUGACAUGACGGAAAUCGUUGAAACAAUUGAAGAGACACCUGAAGGUGAAAAGAAAGUGAUCAAGAAAAUUAAAAAAGUCAAGAAACCCAAAGAAGAAAAACCCGAAGAAUCAAAACCGAUUGAAGAUAUUAGUAAACCAGAUGAGAAAUUUCAGCCCGAACCACAGAAGGAGGAAAAAAUCGAUCAACCCGAAAUGCCAGAUAAAACAAUUGAAGAGUUGAAAGUGGACAAAAAGAAAAUUGUGAAGAAAAUCAAAAAAGAAAAGAAACCAGAUGAAGUGACAACUGAACUUCAACCUGAAAUUGAAGAGAAACCUGAAGAACCAGAAUUUCAUCCAUUACCCGAAAUAACAGAACAUAUGGUCGAACCAUCAGAGAUUCUAGAAGAAAGUAGUAUCAUCGAAACAAUUGAAGAAAUUGAAAUAACACCAGAAGGUGAAAGGAAAGUUGUAAAACGAAAAACAAAGAAACCAAAACAACCUGAUGAAAAAGAAGAAUUGCCUUCUGAAGAAAAAUUACCAAUUGAAGAGGAAAUCAAGCCAAUGGAGGAAAAACACGAACCAGAAGAAGACAAACCUAAAAAAAUAAAGAAGAUUAUUCGUCGAAAAUCUAAACCAGAUGUUGUUAAGCGAUGA